CUCUCCGGCUAUGGGCAAAGAAUUUUCAUUUGUGUCGGUAUUUCAGUAAUGAGUUUAACAUAACCUAUUUUUUAAGAGAAUACACGUGCGUCUCUCUGAACGAGAGACAAGUUGUUUUUGUAAACAUUUUUCAAGAUAACAUAAAAAGAAAACAAAAUGCAGCACGACGAUGUUGUGUGGAGUGUUAUCAAUAAGUCCUUCUGUUCCUUUAAAGUAAAUACCAAAACCCAAAGGUUUUGUCGGAAUGAGUAUAAUCUUACAGGUUUAUGUAGUAGAGCAUCUUGUCCUCUAGCAAACAGUCAGUAUGCUACAAUUAGGGAAGAAAAUGGUAUCAUUUAUUUAUAUAUGAGAACUGCAGAAAGAAUACAUUUUCCAAAAAAUGCAUGGGAAAAAGUCAAACUCUCUAGGAACUUUGAAAAAGCUAUAUUCCAAAUCAAUGAAAACUUAUUAUAUUGGCCAGGUUUUAUAAAAGCAAAAUGUAAGCAAAGGUUUGUAAAAAUUACACAGUAUCUCAUUCGUAUGAGAAAACUUAGAUUAAGAAGACAAAAACAAAUUGUACCAAUUCAAAGAAAGAUUGAAAGAAGAGAAAGGCGUAGAGAAGAAAAAGCUUUGAUCGCUGCAAGAUUAGAAACAGCAAUAGAGAAACAACUUAUGGAACGAUUGAAGCAAGGCAUGUAUAAUGACAUCUACAAUUUCCCACAAAAAGUAUUUGAUAAAGCUGUUGAAGCUGUUGAAGUUGAAGGUGAAAGUGAAGCAGAAAGUGAAAGCGACGAAGAAAAAGAGAAACAAAUAGAGAAAGAAGUAGAAAUGGAAUUAGAAGCAGAUGAAAAAGAGAGAGAAACAAAUGAACCACAUUAUGUGGAAGCAGAAAGUGAUGAAGAAGACGAUGAUUUUGAUGAUAUUGAAGAAGCAUCUAUGGAUGAAGAUAGUGAUUCGGGACGGAAAGAAAAAAUUGAAUUAUCUAGUGACUUUGAAUCUGAAACAAGUGAUAUUGAGGAUAUAAUACCUUCUACAAGUAAGAAGACGAAAAGGCCUAAAGUUACAAAGAAAGGUAAAAUGCAAAAGAAAAUCCGUCCAAAGGUGGAAGUUGAAUAUGAAUUUGAAGACGAAUUACCACAAAGAGAACGAACGUGAUAAUUUUUUGAUUAGAAGAAUUGUAAUUGUAUUUAUAAUAAUGUAUCAUUUUCACGAAGCGAAAAUUUAUCUUAUUAUAAUCAAUGUGAAUAAAACUUGUUUAAA